AUGAAAAGUCCGAAGCGUUUGAAAAUUCUGCUGCUCCUCUUUUUGCAGCCUCUUUUCGCCCAGGAAAGAGACGAAGAAAACGAGAGACCCGUCGAGUACACAAUUAAAAUUCAACUGCCAGUCGAGUACGGAGUCGAUGAAGUUUUCAGCCACACGAUUCAGACCUCCAGGGUCAAAGACAACUCGAAGAAAGAAACGAUUCUCUCGCGCUUCCAAGAUCUUGAAUCGCAAAUAUUCAACAUGAAGUCGGAAUUCGCUGGAAUCAACGAAAGCAUGAAUACGAUUGACGAGUUGAUACGGCAAAGAGGAUAUUUGACGGAAAACUCGAUUCCGCCAAUAUUUGACACGACUUAUUCUAUAGGCGGCUAUCUGAACCGACUGGACCAAAUUCAAAACUUCACGAUCGACCUGAACCACCGCGUUCGCGACCUGGAGGUGCGUCAAACGACGAACCCGCGCGAGUUCCUGCGCCAAAUGGCGAUCCUCUUCACCGACAGAAUCGACGUCAUGAAAAGCGACAUGCUCGAGCAGCUGCAGAAGAUCACGAAGCACGAAGAGCGGCUGGCCGAGUUUUACGGCGAACUGAGGCAGCACAGCAGCAGCGUCAGCACCAACGGCGCCAACAUCGAAUUCAACCAGAAAAUGAUCGAACAGCUGCGCCAGAAAAUCGAGAAACUCGUUGACCAGAAUUCUGAGCAGAAUGUUUCAGAAUCGCGUCAUAAAGCCCGAACGGUCAGAAACUCGAUGCCAAUCAUCCCCAAACUGAGCGAAAGCGAACAGAGCGAAGUGACUGUACCUGCCCUUUCCGCGGAAGGGAUGAACUUUACUUUGGAAAGCGCGAUCUACAGAAACAUGACGACGCUGAGGAGCGAGCUCAUGCGCCAGAUUGCCGAAGCGAUCGAGGUUUUCGAACGCGACUUGCAAAGGAACAGAUUUUCGAUCAACCAGAUCCAGGAAAUUUCGCUCAAGCAGAAUUUCGGCGACUUUCCAAAGCGAAAAACGAACUCGACGACGCUGAAAAAACUGCCGGAUUUCGAAGAGCAGCUUUUAAAAACGGAGAAAUCGGAAAACGGAAAAAAUUGCGAGUGCGACAUUCCUCCGGCAAUCGGCCAGGCGAUUAUUCAGCAGCAGUUGAGAAUGGAUCUCGUUCUUUCGGAGAAAUCGACCAUGGCGUUGGAAUUGAAAUCGCGAAAGGAAGAAAAUGAGUUUUUGGCGAUCGAAGUUCAGAAACUAAAAGACGAGAGACAGCAGAUUUUGAGCGUCGUUUCUGAAUACCAGCACGAAGUCAAGAAACUGCUGGAAUGGAAAAGCCGCGACGAAGCUCUAAUCCAAGAGCACGAAAAACGCCUCAACGCCCAGGCCGAGUCGAUUUCCAGCAACGCAGCAGUGGCGCACUUUACGAAGCAUCGCUUACAAAACGCGCGAUUCCGGUGCGCCGGCCACGGGAAAAAGAAAGGAAGCUUCUGCUUCAACUUGAGCAAGGACAAGCGCUCGUGGGAGGCGGCCGAGCAGAGAUGUAACAGACAGGGCGGAUCUUUGGCGGUGAUCAAGGACGAGGACACGAUGUUGUUUAUUACGAAUUUGAUCAGAGGCAGCUCUUAUGACACUUCCUACUGGGUUGGAUUGUCGCUGGACAAAGAGAGCGACCGUCUCAGCUGGGUGGACAACACGACCGUCACGGACAGCUCUUUCCAAAACUGGUACGGAGAAAUCCGCCCCACACGCUCGGAGCGGUGCAUCCAGUCCGCGGGCCUGCAGUUCGGCUACAAAUGGUACCCCUCAAAAUGCGACCGCGAGUUCCGCUACAUUUGCCAAGUCUAA